UAGCGCAUGCUGUUGAUGAGGAAUUUUAUGCUGAAAUUGGUGAGGUAGCGCUGGCAAAAUUGUGGAGUGGAAGAGGAGCGGAAGCAGUAAGGUACCCCUUUACAGCGACAUCUACCCAAGCAUCUGGGACUGCCGUGUUGUCCAACCGAUUUUCACCAGAACAUCCGGAUGUGUGGACUAGAGGAGAGGUGGAACUAGCAGGGAGUUUCUUUCGUCACUUCGCUCGGAGAUCUCGACGAGAGCACUUCUAAUGUUAUAGGUUGCGAAUUCCGGACUUAUGUUGUUGAAGUUAUUCUGGAAGUUUGCGUCGAAGCGGCGUUGAGGGCUGACAAAGGAGUUGUGUCUUAGUCGGAAUGCGUGAAAUCAUAAAAAGAUGAGUGGCCGAGGACGAGGCAGAAAUUUCGGUAAACCGGCGAAGCCGAAUGCCUGGACUGAGCAUCGGCCUCCAGCUCACAGUCGCCCGAAUAAGCCUUCAACUUCGAACGAGUCGAAGCAGAACGGUGUUACGCAUGAGAAGCCAUCGAAAUUUGAGGAGGCAUGUGCUCGAAUCAAUCGCUCCAACGAAGGCUACAUUCGUUCUCAUGGCUUGAGUUCUCCACGAUUAUCAGACGAUGAAGAUAAUGACUUACCUUCCCUGAAUAGAUCCUCAAUUCUCGAUUCGCUUUUGAAGAGAUAUGAUGGCGACGGACUAGACGACAUGUGCCGAACGAAGCAAUAUCUGGAUGAUUGUCUGCGAGGUGGAGAUAAAAUCGUUUGUCUCAUUUGCAUUGAUCCUGUGAAGAAGCAAGAAGCGUGUAGGAAAGACUAUGAUCAGAAGGACACUCCUCGUCACUAUUUGUGCUGGUGUGGCAAAACAAGAGAUCCUGAAGACGACCCGUGGCUUGUUCCGCAUUCUUGCGGGCAGACGUGCAAACGUGAAUUGGAUCCCAAGUGCGGGCAUGUUUGUAACUUACUUUGUCAUCCGGGGCCUUGUCCACCUUGUCCGCAAGUCGUGAAUACGCGGUGCUAUUGUGAAAAAAGUGCUCCGGUGCCGAAAAGAUGCAGUAGAAAGCUGUGGUCAUGCGAGGCAGCGUGUGGAAAAAACUUGGACUGUGGCCAUCACAGUUGUAAGGCGACGUGUCAUCAAGGCCUUGUAAUGAUCGAAUAUGGAAGUGCGGCAUUCCGUGCAAUCGGAUGCUUUCCUGCGGAUUUCAUAAGUGUAAAGAAGUUUGUCAUCCUCUGAAUGAGUGUGGCGAUUGUCCGUUGAGUGGAACACAAAGCUGUCCAUGUGGGAAAUUUAGGAA